AUGCAUAUAAGAUUCAUUGAGAAAUGGUCGCAGUUGGUUGCUGAAUUGACAUUACAUGUAUAUGUGAUUGUGUUUAUUUGUCUUGAGUUAUUGAAAUUUAUGUUUAUGUGGGGUGUUGAUGCUUAUCUUGUAACCGCGGAUGAGGAUCAGAUUGAAAGUGUCUUAACAUGGUUGUUGGCUGGGAUAAAUGCGAUCCGUGAAGGUUACACAAGGUACACUCCGAAUGCAGAGGAGAAUGGGUUAUCGUAUGCACCUGAUCAAAUUUUGGUUAGCAAUGGAGCCAAACAGUGCAUCCUUCAAGCACUCCUUGCUGUUUGCGCCCCAGGAGAUGAGGUUAUAAUUCCAGCUCCAUUUUGGGUUAGUUACCCGGAAAUGGCAAGGAUAGCUGAUGCAACACCUGUGAUUCUUCCAACAAAAAUUUCUGAAAAUUUUCUCUUGGAUCCAAAACUUCUUGAAUCAAAACUGACUGAGAAGUCAAGACUUUUGAUUCUAUGUUCUCCAUCCAACCCAACAGGAUCUGUUUACCCCAAGAAAUUACUUGAAGAGAUUGCAAAGAUUGUAGCUAAACAUCCCAGGCUUCUGGUGUUGUCUGAUGAAAUAUAUGAACACAUAAUCUAUUCACCAGCGACUCAUGCAAGCUUUGCGUCUUUGCCGGGUAUGCAAGAGAGGACUUUAACUGUUAAUGGGUUUUCUAAGGCCUUCGCAAUGACUGGUUGGCGACUUGGAUAUAUUGCCGGCCCUAAGCACUUUGUUGCUGCUUGUAAUAAGCUCCAGAGUCAGAUCACUUCAGGUGCCAGUAGUGUAUCUCAAAAAGCAGGAGUCGCUGCAUUAGGUUUGGGCUAUGCAGGCGGGGAGGCAGUUUCCACUAUGGUUAAAGCUUUCAGGGAGCGGCGUGAUUUCUUGGUUAAAAGCUUUGGAGAACUAGAUGGGGUUAAAAUAUCAGAACCUCAGGGAGCUUUCUAUCUCUUCAUUGAUUUCAGUUCUUACUAUGGAUCGGAGGUUAAAGGUUUUGGGAAAAUUGAGAAUUCCGAGUCCCUAUGUCGAUACUUGUUGGACCAGGGUCAGGUUGCAUUGGUCCCGGGAGAGGCAUUUGGGGAUGACAGUUGCAUCCGCAUCUCCUACGCUGCAUCCCUCACCACCCUACAAGGUGCCGUGUUGAGAAUUAAGAAAGCACUUGACGCGCUCAGGCCAGCUGUCCCAGUUUAA